AUGGCGUGCAGUGCUUCAGCUUGCCAGUCAAAUUGCUACAAAACCCAGCAGGAAGAAGAAGAAGCUGUUAAAGACAACAACAAUACCAAUUCAUUUGCUGCUAAUAUUAGCAGCAGCAACAACAACAGCAACAGUGGUUUGUGUCUGAAGUGCAAGGCCAACCAACCUAUCUCUUCCAAUAGCGACGGUGGUGACGAUGCACGAUUUUGCAUCGAUUGCUUCCGCGGCAAUCUCUUCGGGAAGUUCAGGUUCGCUGUGACCUCCAACGCCAUGAUUGCUCCUACUGAUAAUGUCCUCGUUGCCUUCUCUGGUGGCCCUUCUUCCAGGGUUGCCUUGCAGUUUGUACAUGAGAUGCAUAGUAAAGCGCAGAAGAAUUUCGAUGCAUGUAGGGAUAGAUCGUUGCCAGUUUUCGGUGUUGGAGUUGCAUUUGUUGAUGAAAGUUCUGUUUACUCUGUCCCCUCUAAUGAAACCGACAAAGUAAUUGGAGACGUUAGAUUGAUAGUGGAAAAUCUUGCCCCGCCAUCGAAGGAGUUGUAUAUUGUACCUAUUGAAAGUGUCUACUCUUCAGAUUCUGGUGAUGGAAGGGAGAGAUUAAAGAAGUUACUGGAUGCUGUUGGUGAUGCAACUGGGAGAGAAGAUCUUUUAUUACAUCUACGCAUGUUGGCCUUGCAAAAGGUUGCCUCUCAAAAUGGAUACAACAGACUUCUACUGGGGUCAUGCGUAUCGAAGAUUGCCUGCCAUGUUAUUUCAGCCACUGUCAAGGGCCAAGGAUAUUCUUUACCAGCCGAUGUACAGUAUGUUGAUGCAAGGUGGGAGAUCCCAGUUGUGCUUCCCCUUCGUGAUUGUCUUGCCAAAGAGCUGACCAUGCUUUGCCGCCUUGAUGGUCUAAAAACUGUGGAGUUGAUAAGAAGUCCUUGCACUGGCAUAAAUGGCUUGGUCUCAUCAUUCGUGACACUUUUGCAGGAAGAAAAUCCUUCUCGAGAGUGCACAAUUAUGAGAACAGCUGGAAAGCUUAUCCCAUUUCAUUUCAACAAAAUUGAAGAGAUCGAUGACUCUAAUGUUCUUGUGGCAACUCGAAGGCGUCAGAAGAGAUAUAACCUUAAACCUAAUGAAUCUUUUUCCUCCGAGUCGUUCUGCUUUAUCUGCAAUAGCCCACUCAGCAGAUCUGACUUGCUAAGUUUGAAGAACCUGGAGAGUCACAAAACAAGUUCUGUUUGCUGUUCAAGCUGCCAGUUCCAAAUACUUCCCCAAGACCCCUCAUCAGUAAAUGAGUUGUAUACUCUUUUACCUGAGCAACUGUUUGCCCGAGCAAAGCAUGAAAACCUUGACCAUUACAGUGCCCUCAGGUGA